GUCAUCUUCCCAAUUAUCGUCGGCUGCAGCAAGUGAGGAUCAAGUUAACGAAAGUGAAAUGAGUAGUGAAGAUGAAGAAUCUGAGUUUGCAGUAGAUUAUAAAUUAUUUGUUAAAACAGCGGAUGGGUGGUUACCAUCUUCUUAUUUACAAUCACCACCAACUAUGUCAUCACAAAUGCCAUUAGUUUUACCAUCUUCGCCACUACAUGCACUACAUACACAAGUACAACUUACACAACCGCAGACACAACUAUCACAAUCUCCACAAGUACAACUUAUACAACCAUUGUUACCACAAACACAACUAUCACAAUCUCCACAAGUACAACUUACACAAUCAUCACCACAAGUACAAGUUGGGCAAUCAUCUUCACCACAUGCGCAACUUAUACAACUACUGCCACCACAUAUACAAUCGACACAAGUACAACUUGCACAACCACUGUCAUCACAAUUU